AUGGAUACUUCGUCGGAGAGAUAUGCCGUGGCGUUUCUGAUGGAGGGCCGGAUUGGCAUGCUUUGCGACAUCUUGACUGAGAGGACGGGCACCUCGAGUCCUGCGUCGAGCUCGGCCAAGAGAAAUGAACCCACGGCAGCCGCAGAGUCUGGAUCUGGAUCUGGAUCUGGAUCUGGAUCGCGAGUGGCGUCUGCAUCGGCAUCGUCGCUAUCGUCAUCGACGCAAUGCAUCUGUCAAGAGCGACUGGUAUGCCGCCCAGUGCCUCUGGAAGAUGGCCCAAGGUCGGUGUAUCGCAACAUCUGCCAUGCAGAUGAUCCUCCACGCGCAGUUGCCAUCUGUCCCCAAAGAAAAUGCGUGGCUUUUGGAUGCGGUUCCGGAAUUGAGCUACACUGGGUCGAUGCAUUGACUGGCCAGAAUCUCAGUAGAUGGUUUCCACUGACAUCUCCAAGCGACUUUCUGUACUUCCUGCCCCCACGAAGGGGAGUAGACACGCCGAGGAAACUGAGGUUGAUUAGCUCGGCCGCCGGCCUGGGAAAUCCUAUAGACUUGCUAGAUGGGAUUCUUUACGGUUUCAGUACAUCGCUAUUGGGGUCCGGGAGUACAGCGACAGUAUCAUCUCUGGAUCCUGAGCCUUGGCAUGCGCGGCGUGGAUAUGAAAUCCCAUUUGCGACCAGCGGAUCGAGCCAAGAUGCCGAUAUGGACCCGGACGAAGAUCUCUUGAGUACGAACGUGCCGCGAGAUAGCCCUCUUCGGCGGCUUGCUGCUGCGAGCGCAGACCAUUUCCGUGCGGUGCCAUUGAGCGAUGGUUAUCAUAUCCUCUUCACCGACCCUCGUACUGGAAACCUAUGUUUGGGGUCUGAUGCUCCUGUGGGCUCUCUUACUCGUCUCCUUCGCAAGGUCUGGUUUCGUCCUCCCCCACAGGCAUACUCACCUGUACCCCUGCUGUAUGCUGCUGGGGCCGAUCUCAGACACGGUGUUCGUGUGGUCGCGACUUUUGCAGCCAGGCGACGUGAAGGAGAAUAUGAGUUUUCUGAUAUAGGCCCAAGAAGCCUUGAGCAUGGGGACUCCAAGCAACAGCUUAUUGUUUUUUAUACAGUUCCGCCGGACAUCUUUUACGAUUUGCGCCGCAAGGAUUCGGAGACUAGAUCUACUGGACAUUACUCUCCUGAAAUCCUAGAAGCAGGGCGCUCCGAGUCGAGAUACGACCCCAUUGGCAUAUUUAGCGACCCCUUUGGAGAGCACUCGGCUUAUCCACUAGAGAUACCAGGACACGUGCUGGCGACUUGUGGGAAUCUCACAGAAAUUGCUUUGAACUCUUCUCCCGACUUGAUCAUUUGGGCUUUUGCUGCGGAGGGAUGGGCCAAGACUUGGGUGCUGGAUGCGGGGAGACGUGAGCCUAUCAUGCGGUCUGCUGCUCAACGAGAUGGGAGUAUCAGACAAGUUGAUGCUGAUGGCGAUGUCAUCAUGGUUGACACUAUGCCCUCAACGGAUUCGUCUUCCGAGAUGAGUUUCUGGAUUUUAACCUCUUUGACGGCGCUCCAAUCAGCGACACGGAUGGCGAGCCGGUAA